UGUGUUCGUCAAACACCACAGUUCUGGUACAAAACUAAGGUGUAGCGGAAAGUGCGCAAUAUUCACAAUUCAAGUUUAAGAGGUGCUACAGCUUUUAAUUUUUUGCAAGUUUUGUGCCGAUGUCGCGACGGUCACGGGACAAACAGUCAUGGGAGGUUCGCGCUUCUACGUUGGCGAGGAAUACCCAUAAUCUGAUACGAGGCAUAGUGGAGAACUUGCAAGUGGAGCCGAAUCCAAAUAAAGAAUUAAUUGCUCUUUCCGUGGGUGACCCGACGACUUUUGGUAAUCUCAAUCCACCGGAACAAGUGCUACAAUCUGUUCGUGAGAGUAUACAAUGGCAUACAAGUCGAGGCUAUGCCCCCGUCACGGGUCACCUGGAAGCGAGGCAGGCUGUGGCAGAGUACAGUGCUCAUCAAGGGCCAAUAUCACCAGAAAAUGUUAUACUUUGCAGUGGCUGUUCCCACGCCUUAGAACUUGCCAUCACAGUACUAGCAGACUCCGGUCAAAAUGUGCUCGUCCCAAGGCCCGGAUUCAUGAUAUACAAAACAGUGGCUGAAGGACUAGGAAUAAGAAUAAAAUUUUAUGACUUGUUGCCUCAUAAACAAUGGGAAGUGGACUUGGAAGAUUUGGAAAGUCAAAUUGAUGAUGACACGGCGGCCAUAGUAGUUAUUAAUCCUUCGAAUCCAUGUGGUUCAGUUUAUAGAAAAGAACAUUUAUGUGAUAUAAUUAAUAUAGCUUCUAGAAAUCAUAUACCAAUAAUUGCGGAUGAAAUAUACGAACAUUUUGUAUUUUCUGGACAUGAAUUUGUUGCCAUGUCAGCUUUAUCCCAGGAUGUGCCAAUAUUGACAUGCGGUGGGUUAACCAAAAGAUUUUUAGUUCCUGGAUGGAGAAUGGGCUGGUUGAUAGUCCACGAUCGACAUAAUAUUUUAGGAAAAGAGAUUGUUAAAGGCUUGCAUAAUGUUGCAAGCAAAAUUUUAGGACCGUGCACAUUAAUACAAAGAGCGCUGCCAUCAAUAUUGAAAAAUACGCCACAAAGUUUUUUCGAUGAAGUAGUUUUGUUUAUUGAGAAUCAAGCAAAACUUGCCUAUGAGGAGCUGCGACGAGUACCAGGGCUGCGCCCUAUAAUGCCACAGGGUGCUAUGUAUAUGAUGAUAGAAAUCAAAAUGUCAAUGUUUCCAAAGUUUGAGAAUGAAUUGAAAUUCGUUGAACGUAUGGUUUCUGAACAAUCGGUUUUCUGUUUACCGGGAAAGUGCUUUUGUUACCCCAAUUAUAUGAGAAUCGUGCUAACAGUACCUGAAGAUAUAUUGCGAGAGGCUUGUCAGAGGAUAUCAUUGUUUUGUAAAGAAAACAUCACAUCCAGAGAAAAAAUGAGAGAAUUCGAAAGUAGUGAAAUGGCUGUACAAAAAGACACAAAAGUGAUAUGUGAAGAUAUACCAACCAUUGCAUGAAUCAUGAAAAUAAAUUAAUAUUAUCAUUAUAAAAUCAUGAUUAUACGAGUUUAUAUGAGUUACCUAUUAAAUUUUAUACAUUUAGGUACAUUUGAUUACGUAUACUUUUAUAAAAUAAGGAAUUAGAUAAGUAAAUCGUCGAUUGUUUCAAUAAUAAAUUGCAUAAUAUUGUUUAAAAAUGUAUUUUUUUUUAAUCCUGCCUGCGCCGUAGAUACUUAUACACUGUAAAGAUAUCAGUAAGCGUUGAUAGAGAAAAAUGAAAACGGAUCAGUUAGAAAAUCGAAACGAAUUCGUCAAGAAUUACCCGCGACAGUUUUCAGGGAAAGUCAUGUGGAAACUAAUGUUAUAGAGUAUAUUGCUAGUAAAGGAGCUGUCGAAACUCAUUACUAUCAAUCAUUUUUCCCACGCACAUGAGUAAUUAUGAAUGUAGGAUCUAUAAUCAUGGGCACCGGCACAUAUGGAACAAACUUGCUUACUUCUGCAGGAACUGCUUCCAUGACCAAAUUUGUAACAAGUGAAGCAUUGGAGUAGAGGUCUAAUGAAUUCACGCACAUCCAGCCAAAUAUGAUCAUACGUUACGUGAUCAGGUCGCUGCGUAGAGAGGAAAGUUACUAAAACUGUAGGAAGAGGAUGAAAACUUCCAUCUUCUUUCUUUUUUUUGAAACGUUUAACACCGAUGAUAUCUACAGUAGAUUUUAAGUUAUUUAAGAGAUCUUCCUCAGAUAUUUCAGUAGGAGCUCUUAUAACUCCCUGAGAUUCCAGCUGAUUAUUGGGUAUCCUAGCCUGAAGUUUAUGUUUCUCUAAUAAAUCUUUAUUUAAUAAAAA